CCCGAUUACUGCCCACAUUAACGGCUUAUACGAUCAGAAUAUCCCCAAGGCCAAUCUAAUCUAUUCCUAUCCCGAGGUCGCUAUAACUAUAUACCUGCCGGUCGAAAAUGUUAUCGAGAACUAGAAGUGUAUCUUAGACUCCCUCACGAAUGCGAGGGAUCCAGUCUCAGAUGCCACGAACUACCAGCCGCCAGAGAACUACGCAAAAAUUCCAGAAUCCACUUGGUAUUAUAUAUAUCCUCUCGCCGUUCGUUUUUGCACUUCUUCUAGCUGUGCCUCGACUCAAGUUAUGGGCGACACCGCUAGGAUUCCUGAUCAUGUGUCUUGCUCUCGCAUUGAGCUCUUUCUCGACGACCACUACACAUCUAUUGGUCUCUCAGGGAAUCGCAUAUGCCAUUGGAGCUAGUCUGGCAUACUCGCCCAGUAUUCUUUUCAUAGAGGAGUGGUUUGUGAAUAGGAGAGGUCUGGCAUAUGGAAUCCAAUGGGCCGGAACAAGCGUAUCUGGCGUCGUCCUCCCCAUAUUCCUUCAAUGGCUCCUAAACGCCCACGGCUUCCGCACAACUCUACGCAUAUGGUCUAUCAUUCUAUUCAUAUCAAUCGCCCCCCUCCUCUUCUUCUUCAAACCACGUCUCCCCAUCGCCCAAUCCGCCAGCAUGCGUCCUUUCAACAUCCGCUUCCUCGCCAACCGCACCUUCCUCAUCUUCCAACUAGGAAACGUUUUCGAAGCACUAGGCUACUUCCUCCCCACGAUCUACCUACCCACCUACGCCCGUCGCACUCUGGGCGUCAGCAACCUCAUCGCCACAUUGACCGUCAUUCUCGUGAACCGCGCCUCUGUCUUCGGCUGCGUCCUCAUGGGCACCUUAGUCGACCGCUACCACGCCACGACAUGUAUCCUCAUCUCCACCGUCGGGACCACCAUCGCUGUAUUUCUGCUCUGGGGCUUCUCGCUAUCGCUCGCCCCGCUACUCAUUUUCUGCAUCGCAUACGGUAUCUUCGCGGGCUCGUUCUCAUCCACCUGGCCCGCGGUCAUGAAGGAGGUUCAGAAGACGAAUAGUCUAGCUGAGCCGACGAUCGUCUUCGCUUUUCUGGCUGCUGGAAGGGGGAUCGGGAACGUGGUCAGUGGGCCAUUGAGCGAGAGGCUUCUGCACGGGUUACCCUGGCAGAAUGCUGCUGGGGGUGCGUAUGGAAGUGGUUAUGGCAUUUUGAUCGUCUUCACAGGUGUCACUGCCUUUUUGGGAGGAUUGAGCGUUCUGGCGCGGCCGUUCAAAUUGGUGUAGGUGUGAAGUCUAAUCGGUCGAGUAUACGGAGUGAAGCUAUAUUUGACAAUAAAUAGUUAUGGGUUGAUAAGGGAUCCUGAUAAUUUUAGAAAAAAGUGGCUUGAUUUUUCGUCCUUGUUUUUGCUAAUAUAAUAGUAGAUAUAUCAGGCUCUAUAUAAUCAGCGUCAAUGCAAAUUGUCGAUCAUCUCUUGUUUCGUCCUUUAGAAUUUUCAUUUUGAGAAUGACCUCUAAACCCCAACUUUCUUAGGAGUUUAUUAGUGAGCACAUAGAUCGAUCUCUUUCACUUCGCAUAUAUAAGUUGGAGGUAUUACAUUUGUUCACAGUACCCUCAAUAGCUUGCAAAUCUAUAACUUAGCUAGACAUACAUA